UCGACUCCGCCGUUCCCCGGUUUCAAGGGUGUUCUGCAGAUGUUAAGGGUGUUCUGAUCGACGCCCUUACGAUCAGAACAAACGGGAGCCUGUUUCGGGGACUGGAAACUGCAGGAAGAGCCAGGCUGAACCAGUGACCGCCAACGACGGGGACUGACUGACGACUGUUGCUUUUUCGCGCCAAAUUCUGCGAUCGGUUCGCGGAGUAGCUCUAGGUGCGGGACAGGUGGUUCUCAUUGGUUGGUUGGAUGUGUUUUUUUUGUGUGUGUGUUUCAGAGCUAAGCCGGGGCUUCACGGUCAAGAUGGAAAGCCCGUCCGCCUCAUCUGUGGCUUUACCUUGCAACUCGCCGUCCUGCACCAGUAGCCAACGUGUGCCUGGGACCCUGAGGGAACGGUUACAGAAAACGAGGUCUUCAUUCAGUUCCUCUUACUGCGUGGUUAAACGUCUUAGAGUCCACGAUGCUGAGGAGGAGCCGAACCUUGCCGAGAAGCCGGCAUCUUCAACAGAGGAGAGCCAUUCUGAAUGUGAACAUUUUGAGCCCAUAGACAACGCAUUUGAAAGUGCCCUUUUGGAAAAUAGUUCCAAGAAUAUCACUGCAUGUGAAUCUAAAUCAUUUGACAGUGGACCACGCAGUGAUCACCAGAAUGACUGUUCUAAUGAGAAUUUUCCUAAACAAGGAUUAAAUGAAGAAAAGACAGAGUUGGUGAAACAGAUUCAGGAGAAAGAAGAACUUCUUCGGAGGCUAAAAUUAGUCAAAAUGUAUAGAUCAAAGAAUGACCUAUCUCAGUUACAGUUGUUAAUAAAGAAGUGGAGAAGCUGUAGCCAGCGCUUGCUCUAUGAGUUGCAGUCGGCUCUAUCUGAGGAGAACAAGAAACUAAGCCUUACUCAAUUGAUAGACCACUAUGGGUUAGAUGAUAAAUUGUUACACUAUAACAGAAAUGAAGAAGAAUUUAUCGAUGUUUAAUUCAUUUUUCUUUCCAGAAUAUCAUUGCUAGCGUCUUAGUUAAAAGGUUCUAACACAUUUUAAAGAAAACUUACCUUGGUGAGCUAGCAUUAAGGGUGUUUGGAUAUAAGUACAAACUGAGAUCCAAAAUUAAGGUUUAGUACUGAAUAAAUUUGCGAAGAAAAGUAGACAAUAAAGUGUGAAAAAAAUUUAAAUCACAUUUAAGAAAUAAUUUUGAUAAUUCUGGAUAUAUGGUUUGAUCUUCUAUUGUGAAAAGUUUUAUUUUAAAUGUUAAAAAAUCUGGUGAAUGUCUAAACCUAAAUUGGUAUAAAAUGUCUGCCUCUCCUAAGUUUAUGACCCUUGUUUCCAUCCGUUACCACCUGAUUCAUCUAGGUGA